AUGCCAAUUCAGUUGGUUCCUAACUUCGACAACAAUCACUUCGAAUAUAUAUACGUCACAGGAAAAAAAUCAAAGUUGUGAAUCGCAUUGCUUGAAAACUUUCUUUCGCAGAUAUCAAAAGCUACUAAUAAGAUACAUAAAACGUGGAAAAUGUCGAAGACUUAUUCAGAGGAGGAGGUGGCGAAACACAAUAACGCUGCGGAUUUAUGGAUCGUGUACAAGGACGGCGUGUACGACAUCACGAAAUUUUUAAAGGAACAUCCAGGUGGCGAGGAAAUAUUGUUGGAUUUAGCUGGGAAAGACUCGACAAAAUGCUUCGACGACAUUGGACACUCCACAGAGGCUAUACAUCUUCGCGAAACCUAUAAAAUCGGAACGGUGGUGGGUGAUCUUUCCGGAACAAAAACGUUAACAGCAGGCGUGCAAGACACGAGAAUAGACGACGACAAAUGGGAAUAUGAGCCACCGAAGUACGAACGGUCACCGUGGCUUCCGGUGACGAUCGCAGUUGGUGUCGUCGUUUACGCAUCCAUAUUUUAUUACUUUUGGUACUCGUAAGGGGAGCAGAAUUAGGACAAAUGUCAGAUACUGACCAAUAAAACGUUCAUUCGUUCAUGAAAAUUA